GCGUUGGACCAUCCACCUCUGUAUCUGUGCUGAACCACAGCCAGUGGAGCAAGUUGACAGCUCGACCCGACUCUGCUGAGACCAGACCGUGCCUCGGUGGAGAUCUGGAAACGCUGUUUGGAGUGAAGCUUGGAUGGACGGCAACAGUUCAGCAGCAAAGACGGACACAUCUGUGAGAGGUUCUGGCAAGGACUCGGCCCAGGAGCAGGAGGUGAGAAAGUCUGAGCUCGAAACUGCACCAGGAGAACAGGAGGCAUCGAAGACAGAGGUAGUGCAAAGUACGCCGCUGGAUAUCAUUGACAUUGGGAAAGGUUUGAAGAUGCAAUCGGAGAAACCUCAUUUAGUGAGUCUGGGUCGUGGGCGUCUCAGCAUCGCUAUUACACUGCUGCCAAUAAACGAGGGUACAACUCGGAUCGGCACCGAAGACGCUCCUAUACCUCAGGACAUUAUAUUACAGGGGGAGGACGUGGCACCUGAACAUUGCUAUAUUGAAAACCGAAAGGGGAUGAUCAAGCUGCACCCGUGUGGAAACUGCUGCACAAUGGAUGGGCUGCCAGUGAAAGAGCCCACUCUGCUGACACAGGGUUGCAUUCUGUGCUUGGGUCAGUCAAACUACUUCCGGUUCAACCAUCCCAUCGAAGCCAGACGGAUCAAAAACAUGAAGCCCGACAACGAGAUCUUAAUCUCCUCACCCAGCUUCAUGCCAGAUUUUCCCAGUGCCAGGGAGCGCCAGGCAUUGGCACAGAGCCCACCCUCCAGACUAUUGGGAUUUGAACGCAGUUGCCGUGGUAACUGGGAGGACAACGCCCCUCACGAGUCGCUCAGCCUGACGACGAUGACCCGCGUCGUGCCGUGCUCGGAGGGCCAGAGCAGGAGCUCCUCUGAGGAGCUAAACGCCGACGGGAGGCGAUUCACGGCCAGAACCACCAGCAGCCGCCUUGCCAUGCCUCCACCGUACCCGCAGUAUUCACCCAUUUUGACGGACUGGCCAUCCGGCGGUGCCUUCCAGCGGUUUUUCCCUUCCAGGUCGCCGAUGAGCUCAGCUGGUUCUCCACCUCCCCCGCACAGCCCCCCGUCACCGACGGUUUGCUCCUUUUACUCUGAGGCCUACCGGGGGGGAAUGGGGUCAAGGCGGAGGAGGCAGCCGGAGUUGUGGAACGGAUCGCGGUCUCCCGGCUUCGGUUGCGGGGAAAGCCUCUCCCGGCGGGCCGCAUGGGACGACUUGACGUUAUCGGCGGGAAGUGCCCGGUGUGGCGGCGGGCUCCUGCGUGCCGCCGCGGCUGACCGCGGGAAGGAGUCGGCCAGUGUGCCGUCGAGCCCCCGGCUGGCCCGGAGGCUCUACCUGUCCUGUAGCCCCGUCGAUUCCUACGCCCCUAGCCGCGAGAGGGUUGCCGUCGGCGACGGGGCUCUUGGGUGUGGCCCUCGGGUGAGGGAGAGCUCUGGGACCUCUCUCCGGCUCACCGGGGUGCACAGCCGCUCUCUGCCCAAGCUGCACCGGGCCGGGGACUGCCACCUGACCCCCUUCACGUCCAUCCAGCAGGCCCGGACUGCCACGGACGAAUCCAGGGAAUUGACUCCAAGGUAUUUCCCUUUACCCAUGAAGGAAUCUUUUUACUCCCAGUCCGGCCAAACCAGUAUCGCCGGUGAAGGACUGGAAGAGCACCGUGCUUCAGGGAGCCCAAGGGUGGCUCAGAAGAUCGCCCUGGCUUCGCCCCAUUCCCCUCCGGGCCAGGUGCCGGACAGUCCCUUCGACACCCCUGGGAGGAAGGAGCUCCAGAACGGAGGGAGUGCCUUCCCUCUAGAGAGCCUCGACCAAUCCCUCAGGGGCUGGGGCAGUCCGCCGGUGGGCGAUGCGGGGAAGCCAGCGGUCUCAGUGCCCGGCCUGCGAUCGGCGUCGCCCCCUGCCUUCCGCCGGCGCACCAACAGCAUCAGCUCGAUCGGGGGCAACGAGGAGGAGCUCCUGGGUUACCACCAACAGCAGAAGGAGGAGAGGCUCCGCGAACAGGAAAUGGAACGUCUGGAACAACAGCGGCUGGAGACAAUCCUGAACCUCUGCUCGGAAUACAAUAAGGCAGAUGAGAGCACAGCAGGGGCGGUGGUGAGCAACAUCGAGAAGAUUGGCGAGGAGCUCCAGAAACUGGCCCUGUCGCCAAGCAGAGUGCACUCCCCGCAACUGGAGCCCAGUGAGUGCAAUGAGGCAGAGGCGAGGGCUUUUGCAAGACCCUAUCACGGCUCGUCCUCCGCCUUUGAUUUCAGCCCACCUGACCGAAGGUCAGCCAGACAGCCGGGUGCCCCAGAAGGGGAUGGCUAUGCCGAGUUCAACCGUCCCCAUUCCGGGAGGUCUUUCCAACUGCUGUCUUCCAGUCCGGCCGAGCGUUCUCUGAGGCAUUCGGCUGACUCCCCAUCCUCCUCUCCCUCUCCCAGGGCACCUCGCCAGCUGAUGAGGGACGCUCCAGACAGGACGGUUCCGUUUGCUGACCUUGUGGAGGCAGUGGUCUGUAAUGACAUCUACAACGCGGAAGAGAAGGAAUUGGCUGAGAGGAACGUGAAAGAGAGAAUUAUCCAAGUAGAGGAAGACUGUGUGUGCAUCCUCAACAACGUGGAAGAAAUUAACAGGAAGAUCAAAGAACUGGACAAUCAGAUGGAGGAGUCCUCACAAGAGGUGGAGAUGGAGCGUGCCCUGUUAGAAGGGGAGAGGAACUCUGAGAUUUCACACGUCCAGUAUGAGAAAGAUGUUUUGGAGCAGCUACAGAAGAAGAUAACUGACCUGGAGACCAGUGUCACGUCUGAAAAGGUGAAGGACGGUGAGCAGUUGGAUUCGGAGGUGAAACGAUACGACGAUUUAGAGUUUCAGCAACUAGAACAGGAGAGCCGGCUGGAAGAAGAGAAGGAGAAUCUGUCCAAGCAGCUCCUGGGGGAAAUGGCUGAGUAUCAACAGAGCAUCGCAAUGCGGGAGAAAAGGAUCGCGUCACUGGGAAGUCAGGCGGGGCAGAUUGUGCAACAAGCUGAGCUGGAGCGGCAGCAUUUCCUGAAGGAGAAGAACAGUUUACUCGCAAUGUUGCAGAGAGAGAAAGAAAACCUGAUGAGUAUCGAGAAGGUGUAUUACGACAGUACUGGAGGAGCAGGCCUCCCUAUUAAUCCGAACACGUUUAAGGAGGACUAUGUGACUGUGAACCAGAUUAACCAGUUGUAUAGCAGCUCAAAGACCGCUGUUCCCCCCGACACUGUCGCCGCGGCUUCUGAGGCAGUCACCGAAGAGCCCAGCCCCCAGCAGCUCUCAAAGCCAUCGCCUCCCUGCAUUGGAAGUGCCUCCCCUUCUCAGCAGUCAUCCCAGCGUGAGCCGAAAUCGCUGGCGGUGCAUUGGUCUGACGGUGUGGUACCUUGUCUCGAUGCUGUUGCUCCUCCUGCUCUUCCUCCUACACUUCCUUCUCCUCCUCCUCUUCCAGCUAAAAAACAUAGCAGACGUAAACAGAGCUGCCGGACUCUGGAGGACAGGAGGAAACAGCAAAAAGAAGGUUUAUACGUCAGUGACACUGUGCCAAGGAAAAAAAUAGGCUCAACUACUGCAUCUAAGUACAGUAGCUCAACUCUGGGCCACAGUUCAACCCCUAAGUCACACUCACCGCUGAGUCAGAGUAACAGCUGCAGCAGUAUUCUACCUCACAACCUGACAACGGCUGCCAAGGAUUUGGAUAUAAGGAGGCUACAAGGGCACAGAGCUAAUGGGGCAGUGAUUAUGAUCCUGUCUGGAAGGCGAUGUGGUCUCUCCAAAUGUAUCACUUCCUACCUGGUGUCAAUGGCAGUGACAGAUCUUCUGGUCAUGGUUACGGCUGUAAUAUUAAACCGGAUUGUUGGGAUUUAUUUUCCAUACAGUUUCCUCUCUAUCACACCAGUAUGCAGUUUUCGUGCUGCCUUAAACAUUGCAGCCAUUGACAGCUCUGCCUGGUUAACAGUUGCUUUCACCUUUGAUCGAUUUAUGGCCAUUGCUUUCCACAACCUGAAAAUAAAAUAUUGCACUGAGAAGGUGGCAGUGCGUGUUAUAGUAACUGUGUGUGCACUGUGUUGCGUAAAAAAUAUCUUCAUGUAUUUUGUAUUUGACCCUAUGUACACAAUAAACAAUAUACCUUGGCUCUGCAGCAUAAAAGAUAUAUAUUAUACAUCACCUGCAUGGACUGCCUAUGACUGGAUUCGAUCCAUUUUGACUCCUUGUCUCCCAUUUAUCCUGAUUUUACUGCUCAAUGCUCUGACCGUCAGACACAUUCUAGCAGCAAAUAUAGCCCGCAGUAGACUCCGGACCCAGAGGAAUGGGGAGACUCGAAGUGAUCCAGAGGUUGAGAAGCGGAAAAAAUCCAUUGUUUUACUCUUUGCCAUCUCAGGCAGUUUCAUGCUUUCAUAUGUGCUAUUUUUUGUCAAUAUUCUCUACGUUCGAAUUGCAAGUGUUACUUAUUCCAUGGGUUCUGAUUUUGGCAAUUCCACGUUUGUUCUCCAACAAAGCGGAUAUAUGCUUCAGCUACUGAGUUCCUGCAUCAACCCUUUUAUUUAUGCUGGGACCCAGACUGGAGAAUGCCUAAAAAAGGUAGAAGCUCGCCCAGGACUGGGGCUACGGCCAAGCUCACUGAAGCAGCGGACUUGUUUACUCACCAGACCCCUGGUUGAGGAGCUGGCCAAAUCUUGUGAGGUCCUGGGGAAGAAGAUCGAAGAAAAUAUCAAAGAGAAUCUGGCUCCUGUAUCUGCCAUGCUUCUGGACCUGGGAAAAAGGACCGAUGAACUCGAGUGCCGAGCUGCAGGCGUAGGGGCAGAGACUGACUCCUUCAAGAGCCGGAUUGAAGCCCUGGAAAUGCAGGUCAGUGGUCUGUUGGAUUUGGUAGAUGAUCUCAAAAACAGGGGCAGAAAACAGAAACUGCGCAUUGUUGGCAUACUGGAGAGGGCAGAAGGUGAGCGACUGGUGGAGUUCUUUGAGAAGUGCUUCCCAGAAUUCCUUAGUUUGGAGGCUGAGAAGGGAAGGAUAACAAUUGAGAGAGCCCACCAGAUCGUGAUAUGA